ACCAGAUCGUUCAACCCACCCUAUUCAUACCCCAAGCUCAGCCAUAUUCGCCUUGACUCCCCCGAAACUCUCGGAACGCAUAGUCCUCCUUUUGUGAACUCCAACACCACCAAUUCCCCGGCGGCAGGAUGGAGGCAGCAUCUGCGCGCAUGGCCGCCCGGAGUCGUUACGGCGUGUUCCCGGAGGCACCCUCAUCGCCGCUACAACGCUUUAUAUUACAAGCAUGCGAUCCCCAGAACUUUGAGCCCAACCUUGCCCUCAAUCUUGAAAUUUCCGACUUGAUCAAUAGCAAGAAAGGCUCCGCGCCUCGAGAAGCAGCUGUCACGAUUGUCCACUAUGUCAACCACCGCAAUCAAAAUGUUGCCCUUCUCGCACUUAAUCUCCUCGAUAUCUGUGUCAAGAACUGCGGUUACCCUUUCCACCUCCAAAUCAGCACCAAGGAAUUCCUCAAUGAGCUCGUACGCCGAUUCCCAGAGCGCCCUCCGAUGCACUCGUCGCGUGUCCAGACCAAGAUUCUCGAGCUGAUAGAAGAAUGGCGGCAAACGAUAUGCCAGACAUCGCGGUACAAGGACGACCUUGGCUUCAUACGAGACAUGCAUAGGCUGUUGAGCUACAAAGGCUACAUAUUCCCGGAAAUACGGAAGGAAGAUGCGGCAGUGCUAAACCCGAGCGACAACCUGCGGUCAGCAGAGGAAAUGGAAGAGGAGGAGCGAGAAGCGCAAUCAGCGAAACUCCAGGAACUGAUCCGCCGAGGAGGGCCGCACGAUCUACAAGAAGCGAACAAGCUCAUGAAAGUAAUGGCGGGCUAUGACACACGGAACAAAACAGAUUGGCGCGCAAAAGCUGCUGAUGAGGUUGGCAGAAUCCAGCAAAAGGCAAAAAUACUCGAAGAGAUGUUGCAGGGUUACAAGCCAGGAGAUCAAAUCAAAGAAGGCGAUGUCUUCGAGGAACUUGCCAAUGCACUAGCAAGCGCACAACCAAAGAUUCAGAAGAUGUGCGAGGAGGAUUCCGAGGACCAUGAGGCUGUGGCGAAGCUGUUCGAGAUCAACGAUAGCAUACACCGGACGAUAGAAAGAUACAAACUCAUCAAGAAGGGAGAUGUUGAAGGCGCGAAUAGAAUCCCCGUAGGCACCCUUGGACGCAGUGGUGCUGGAGUGUCGCAGGGCCCUAACAACACGCUCAAUCUCAUCGAUUUUGGGGACCCAGAACCUGCACCUUCAGCAGCUGUGGAGGCUUCAGGCGCCUCUCAGCAACCUGCACAGAAGGGUAAUGCUCUAGAGGACGACUUGUUGGGCUUGUCAUUGAGCGGAGACUCUUAUGGACAGUCGGGUAGCAUAUCAUUAGGCGGUUCGAAUGGCUCCGUUUUAGGAAUGUCUGGAAUGGCCGUGCCGCAAUCGCAGGCUCAGCAGAAGACAUCUGCACAACAGAUCAAUGACCUCUUCGCAUCAGGUCCGGGCCCUACGCCACCUCAGAUAUCGUCGCCUCCUCCAUCUGCUUUCUCCCAACCUUCUGUACAACCAGCUCGGUCGCCAGAUCCUUUUGCUGCUCUAGCAUCAACGCCUCGACAGGGUUCGCCGUUUCAGUAUCAGCAAUCGGUCAAACCACCACAUGCUGCACCUGCUUCUGUUGAUCUACUGGGGGGCGCCAUCUCCGCACCGACAUCGAAUUUGGCGCAAAGCAGCAGCAAUGCUACGAAUGAUGACGAAGAAUGGAACUUCGCUUCUUCUGUACCAGACACUAGCAAGGAAAUAGUGGUGACCGACACCGACAUCAACGUGCUCUUCAACAUCUCUAGAGAAACAGACACGGCUCUCUUAAUUCAGUCUCGAGUAUCGAACAACACACCCUUACCUAUUUCUGGUCUCACUCUUCAGGUUGCCGCGUCAAAGGGUGCACAACUUCAGUUGGAGCCACAGUCUGGUGUCAUACUAGCACCUAACCAGAAACACGGUAUCACGCAAAACAUCUGGAUACACAACGUCCAACGGGGGACAGGCAAUAGCGUUAAGAUGAGGUGGAAAGCAUCUUAUUCCCUCGGUGGACAGCAGAAGAACCAGAUGGGGGAGAUUGCGAGUCUUGGUGUCUCAUAGCGGUUCCGGUCAAAAGUUAGCGGGUUGGGGAAAUAUUGGUGCAUCUGCAGCGGCAUUUUGGUGAGCGUUUGUUCUCUCAUAGCCUAAGGGCUGUUUCGAGUUGUGGUAAGGGGAUGUCUUCCGAGGUUGAAGAUAGAAGAUAUGGGCAGGGGUCUGUAGAUCACCCAAAAGACAUCGCCACGAUCAGUCUUGGCACUGGCACUAGCUCUCUAUCGAUAACAUCGUGAAUUAAUUCAUAGUUGCCCCUCCU